UCCUUAUAAUAACGGCCUAAAAAACAAACACAAUUUUGCGUGCAUGAUGUCAAAAUAUAAUAGUAAUUUGCAAACGUUCAUGUUAAUUCAGAUACUUGAUCAGACUUGGGGUGACCCUUUGAACACUUUUAAAUCUAUCAAUUACUCAUUUCUUUUUUGUAGGCUAUUCUUAGCCAUUUUUUCUAUAUUGGAAAACCCUAAAAUGAUACCGAAAGUACAAUUUUUAGACAGUUUGUGUCCACGUAAAACGUUAACUCAUUAAUUAAAACAAUGGGCAAAUGUUGUUCAGUUUGGACACAAUGUAUUCUCGGAGCGAUACUUCCCUGGAUUCUCCACACAAUUUCUUUAUUCUCAAACUGGUGGGUUAUAGAAGAUGGAAGAAAAAUCGGUCUAUUUUAUCAGACAGCUGAAGAUGGAUCAUCAAGUAUGUCCAUUCCUGACCAAGCAUCGUUGGGUCUUCAGUGUACCAGUUUCUGUCUGCUGACCCUGUCCACAAUCUCCUGUGUCACAUCUAUCAAGAUAUUUGGCCCUGAUAAAGAUGACUACAUUGACAAUGAUGACGAUGAUACUUGCAUCACCUGUUGCUGCGGUGCUUUUUAUUGCUCCAUUUUCCUUUAUAUUUGUACAAGUUUCCUGAUAUUCGGAGGAUGUGUCAGAUUUGGUUCCUUUUAUCCGCUCGAGAAAAUGGGGGUCUCAUUCUAUCUGGCGCUGUCCUCUUUUCUCAUCAUGUGGCUAGCGAUCCUCAUAUUUUUCAUAGACUUGCUGUGUAAAAAGAAGAAAGAAGAUAAAGUAUAUGAGACCCUGCUUGAAAAAAUUUACAGUGACGCCUUGUGAGAUUAUGAGAGGCACUUUCUAAUAAUUAUAAGAGUUCGGCUUCGUUAGAUUUAUGUGAGGCUAAAAUUGUGAUGUUUACAGUGAUGCUUUGUAUAAUUUACAGAUAUGCUUUGUAUAAUUUACAGAUAUGCUUUGUAUAAUUUACAGAUAUGCUUUACUGUGAUGUUAAAACUAUUUAUAGUUAUGCAUUUUAAGAUUUGCAGAUAUAUUUUGUAUUUUCAUAGAACGAGUGUAUUGUUAUGUGUGGGAAAAUAAAAUAACUGUCCAAUGUCAGCAGAAUAAUUCGUGGCUUUGCCAUUGCAUUAUAAUAAUUUAACAGUAUUUUACAGUCCAGGUAACAUGAUAUUCAGUAACUUCAAGGCCAAUAUAAAUAAAUUGCUAGAUUUUCAUACAGUCUUUUGGCGGCAGGUAACAUUUUAAUUUUUAUUCUUCUAAAAUUACUGUUUCAUCAUUGAAUAUGUGUUCAUGCUCUUCCUUAGUGCAUAACAGACUAUAUACAUGUGUUUCUAUAUGAACUACAAACACCAUUGUAACAAUUCUCCCUUUUAGAAACAUUUGUCCAGACAUUUUUAUGACACAUUAUGGGGAGGGCCGAUUUCUUAUGUUGUUUAUAAUUUGUGACCCAAACCAAUUAUAAUUAAUACAUUAUUAUAUUAUGCUAUAAUAACCAUAUUUUAAUAACCAUAACUUGUUCAUAUAAAAAUAUGAUUAAAUUAAAUAACUUUACAUUAAUAUUUGUCCAAUUGAAUCAAUUGUCGAUAAUUUAUUUCCAUCUGUUAAUAAGUAUCUGGUGUUAUUUCUUGAAAAGUUCUUAAGUAGAAUGCAUCUAAAUCUAUUAAAUAUUUAUGUUUAAUAUAUUAUAUUUAUAACUUAUAAAGUAUGUUUACCAUACGUUAAGAAUAUUGUUUAGAGCUUGGUAAAAAUUAACAUCGUUGUUAACCUCAUCAAUGAUAACUUUCAAAACUGAAAUAUUAGAUAUGUUCAUAUGUUUUAAUAUGAAAUGGUUGACUAAAAUCAAAACUGCAGAUUUUAUGUGUGACUAUGUUAUUUUCAGAGAAGUAAUUAUGCUAAGAAAGUUAACGAUGAUGUUAACAACAUUGUUAACUUUAACAAAGUUCAGAACACUCUGCUUACUUUACUUCUAGCUAAUGCUAUGUUUAUUUUGUAUACUUUUUAAAAAACUUUUCCAUACAUCAUUAUGUUUUGUGUGUUAUAUCCAUGUAUAUAUCGAUAUUUUUGUAUAAAUGCGGUAAAUAUU